GUGAAGUUUUCAAAAUUAGAAAACGUGACAAUAUUUCUAAUGAGCUUGUCGAUUGAAAUAACGAGUGAUUUACCGGUUCUUGCAGGAAGCACCAUCGUUGGAUCGGUAGUUUGUAAUUUUUCUAAGCCUACAAAAGUCAAAGCCAUGCAAGUGCUUUUUCAUGGAGACGAAAAGACGGAGAAAAUAAGCGAGAUGAAAGAUCUCGUCAGCGGUUCAAAUGAACUAGUCGACAUUGAAAAGGGCCUCAUAGAUUCAGAAACCGAAGUCCCAUCGGGUACCAGUAAACACAUCUUCAAGAUAGAGGUUCCUCAGCGACUACCUUCUAGUUUCAAACAUUACAACGGAGAAAUAAAGUACUUCUUGAAGGCAACGAUCAAAAGACAUCUCAGGGUAGACAUGACGGCCACCAAGGUGGUAGAACUGAUGGCUUACGUCGAUCUGAAUACUUACCUUCCUGCUUUGCAGAUAAAGGCAGAGUACAGUACCGAUAGGCUCGUAAGCAACUGCUGUGGUCUAUCCAGAGGUAGAAUUCUGCUGACUGCUGUGAUUAGUAAAAGGCUGUUUUUGAAGGGUGAGACUAUAUUCUUGGAUCUGAAUAUUGUGAAUUUAUCUGGUGUUAGAGUUAAGAAGGUGUACAGCAGGAUUAUGAAAACAGUUACAAUUUACUUCAAAAAUCCCUACCCAAAUGAAGAAAUUUACAGGGACUUUCUCGCUAAAAGUGGCAAUUUUCCCGGUGUCAAAGGUUAUGACGAAGUUUCCUAUAACCUCUUCAUCAAAAUACCGAACGAUAUUUUCAUUCCAAACUUCAGAUAUAGCAAACUGUUCAAGAUAACUCAUCAGUUGCAAAUUAUAGCUAAAAUGUCUGGUUGCCAUACUGCUAUGGUACUGCAGUUCAAGAUUUACCUGGGCCACAUUCCAGUUUCAUCGCCGGGUCUUCAGUUAGAAAACAGAAAUUGGAAGGGUCCUUAUAUUAGGGAUCCAAACACUGCUUCAGCUUCUUCAGUGGGGAAGUCUUAAUUUGUCCAAUGUAUUUCACAGAAAAUAAAACAACGUUGU